AUGUUUUUCCUGACUCCGGUCUUGGUAGCUGUUGUCUGUGUUUUGAUUGUGUGGAUCUUUAAAAAUGCUGACAGGAACGCCAACAGGAAGAAGGGGGAGGCUAGAGUUCACCCCUGGGUGGAUGAAGACUUGAAAGACAGCACUGACCUCCACCAAGUGGAAGAAGAUGCUGAUAAAUGGCAAGAGUCAGAGGAAAGCAUUGAGCACAUCCCAUUCUCCCACACCCGGUAUCCUGAGAUGGAGAUGGCUAAGAGGUCUCAGGAAUUUUAUGAACUCCUCAACAAGCGACGUUCAGUCCCAGGUUCAUAGUAAUAGAGCAAGUCCCAGUGGAAAGUCAUUGACAAUGUCAUCAAAAGCAGCGGGACAGCCCCAAGCGGGGCCCACACAGAGCCCUGGACCUUUGUGGUUGUAAAGAACCCAGACAUGAAGCAUAAGAUCCGAGAGAUCAUCGAAGAAGAAGAAGAAAUAAACUACAGGAAAAGAAUGGGACACCGGUGGGUCACAGACCUGAAGAAACUGAGAACCAACUGGGUUAAAGAAUACCUGGACACUGCCCCUGUUUUGAUUCUCAUUUUCAAACAAGUACAUGGUUUUGCCGCAAAUGGCGAGAAAAAGGUCCACUACUACAAUGAGAUCAGUGUUUCCAUCGCGUGUGGCAUCCUGCUGGCUGCUCUGCAGAAUGUAGGGUUGGUGACAGUCACUACCACUCCUCUCAACUGUGGCCCUCGUCUGAGGGUGCUCCUGGGUCGUCCCCCACAUGAAAAACUGCUGGUGCUGCUCCCCGUGGGAUAUCCCAGCAAAGAGGCCACAGUGCCCAAGCUCAAACGGAAAGGUCUGGACCAAAUCAUGGUGACGGUGUAG